CUCCCCCUCUUUGUUUUCGUGAUUCGCACGUUCCACCAUCCAUCCUGUCGUCUGCGGAAGUAGUAAGCGCGCUCUAAAGUUUUGGCCGGAAGUGUUUGCUCAGUGAGCGGUUGGCUUGGCGGGAAGACGCGCGGAUAGAGGUGUAGCCAGCAAAGAUGUCUUCUACAUCGCAAAAACAUAGGGAUUUUGUGGCCGAGCCCAUGGGAGAGAAGUCUGUGCAAGCUGUUGCUGGCAUUGGUGAGGUACUGGGAGGAAAGCUUUCAGAUAAGGGCUUUGACAAGGCCUAUAUCAUCUUAGGGCAGUUUCUUAUACUAAGGAAAGAUGAAGAGCUUUUUAGAGAUUGGUUGAAGGACACCUGUGGAGCCAAUGCUAAACAAGCACGUGAUUGUUCCUCCUGUCUGAAGGAAUGGUGUGAUGCUUUCUUGUAAGCCUUCCCAACUACAGCCUCUGAAGUCCAGGCCCAGCCAUUUCUUAUUGCUGCCUGCUAGACUAUCCAACUGAGCAAGGAUGAUGUGUUAAUACAUUGGAUUGCUGAUACUAAAAGACCCGAAAUCCAAGAAAAAAAAAAAACCAAAACAGCCACAUGGCCUCAGCAACUCCCUAUAUUCCAGUAGCUUCUAAGUGUUAAUUUAUGAGCCCUUUCUGCAUUAUUUUGUCAUCAAUUUAUGUCCCCAAAUUUUAAUUUGUGAAGAUGAUAUGCUAAUGUUGCCAAACUUUACUUCAGACUAGCGUAGUACUACAGUACGAAAAGGAAAUUAUCACAGGGCCUUUGGAAAAUAAAACUGACACUCAUAAGGCUUUGUUCACACAGUACAGUUUUGAUGCUGAUGCAUGGCAUAUAUGCCAAACACCAAAGCUUCCCUGUUUUGAUCCUGCUGUAAGUGUAAUGUACAGUGUGAAAUGUAGUCUACAAUUCAUUCUGCAGUAUGUAAAUGGCUUUUGUAAGACCCUAAUCCCUUGACUUUUACUGUACUGAGUUGCAGAAUCUACACUGAAAUUCCACAACAGAUCAGCCACACGUGAACAAAGCCUUAGAGGCAAUUUAGUGUGGAAUGAUGAAUUGCACUAAGUAGCUGUUUCAUAGCAGGUGACUUUCUCUGUAGGAAAGGUGCUGUAUGAGUUUCACGCGUUCUGUAUAUUACAUUUUAAUAUAGAUGAUACACUGAAAUUUUUAAUUGUCACAGUACAAAUGCAUACAUCAGUGUUUCCCAACCAGGGUGCCUCCAGCUGUUGCAAAAUUACAACUCCCAGCAUGCCCAGACAGCCGAAGGCUGUCUGGGCAUGCUGGGAUUUGUAGUUUUGCAACAGCUGGAGGCACCCUGGUUGGGAAACAAUGCCAUACAUGAUAGCAAUGUCAUACUGAAAUUGGCCACUUCAGCCUCUCAUAGUUUUAUUAGCAUUUUAAACACAUUUUGCCAUGUGGAGUUGAAGGGACUUCAAGGCAGAAUUGGGAAUGUAAUAAAGUAAAACAUUAGCAGGUAAACAUUGUCAUUAUGGGGGGGGGGGGGGACGCUCCAGUGGAAAACUUUUUUUUUUAAAUUUUUUUAUAUAUUUUUUUUAAAUCAUCUGGUGCCAGAAAGUUAAACAGAUUUGUAAAUUACUUCUGUUGAAAAAAAAAAAAAAAAAGUUUUUCCACCGGAGUACCCCUUUAAGCUGGUGAAUUUCAUUGCUUCGUAGUUUAUUUACAGAUGAACACAUGGAAAUGAAAGCUUUAUACAUAAAUGCAGUUACUACGUAGUCACCAGACCAUAAAACGAGAACUUUGUUUUUUUUAUGCUGAGAACGUUUUCCUGCUGUUGUAACUUUCUCAAAUGUUACCUCUAAAUGUUAAUUCUGGUUUUAAAAUUAAAACAUACCAAAAUA